GGCGAUUACCGCCAUUACGCUCCAACUUCAUUGUUCAUUAGACAUACAUACAUUCGACACAGAAAAUACAGAAUAAUCCCUUACGCCUCAUUUCAGAAACCAGAGUAAACUUAUUUGACUAGGAAGCGGUCAUCCCUCUAUAUAAACUUAGGGGCUUAUACCAGUCACCUUUGUGACCGUUUCAACUCACUAAUAUUCUUUCGAUACACUGCUAGUCUUCAUCUAUAACCUUGAAGUCUUUGGUGUAACUCAUCCAUAAGAACAGUUACGAUUUCACUACUUUUUUUUACAAAGGUUUCAACCCUAGAAAUUACUUUGAGCUAUGCAGAAUAAUUCAUCCCGUCCCCUCGCGGCCCGCGCGUCGGCCCAAGUCCACACGCCUACCCAAUCCCAAUCCUUUAGUGGAAACGCCUUCACCCCUGAUUCCAUUGAAGGCAAAACUAUCCACUGGAACGACAAGAGAUCUAGAGAGGAAUUUGAACUAGCACGAGCUAAGCUUUCCGAUCAGAUGUUUAAUAUCAGAGACUACGAAGACCCUCUUCUACCACGUCAAAUCCCUCCGUCACAGUACUACCCUAAGGGAGUUACCGCAGAGACAGAAACACGUCUGUUAAAACUUAUUGCUGACGUAAAGGACUCUUCCACUAAAACGUCGUGAAUACAGCGAGUCAGAGUUGACCGUGGUAGAAUACCUAAGACUCAAAGAGAUUCACAUAGCAUUCAACAUUCAAGAACACAUUAGUCUACAUAAAGCUACGUUGAACUAUAGAUACGUCCUAAGAAGCUUGUGAACUCUUAAGUUAGUCACCAGCAAAGAGAAAUACCAUGUGUUGUCCUCCAGGGCAUUAGAAUUUGCCACACGAUCUUCUUUGUCGAAAGACAAUCUAUUGUUGUUUAGGAACAAAGCGAAAUUGGAACGCUUUCAACCAAAAAAUCAAGUAGCUAGUGAACCCGUGAGCUGAGGAAUCUGACCUGUAGUAUUUCGACUGAUUAAAUACUCACCUAGGUGGCAACCUGAGUCACCGUAUGAAUAUUGGACAUUGCUAGGUUACUCGGAUUUCCCGAAUCACCAUAUGCUCUUACAUUUCUAAUUUGCUUUCUUGGAUAUAUUUGGUCCAUAGCACAUCUAGGAGCACAACGUAUUAUAUAGUUUGUUGGCCAUAUUAAUUUCAGAUGUACUCAGGUACAUGUUCAUAC